ACCCUAAAACUUUCUCCAGUGAUACCAAAUAGGAGAGUCUGAGUUUAUCGAAGAUCACCAACUUCUCGCUAUGAUUACAUCAUAUUUUCCAAAAUAUGUGGCGCUAUUUGCCAUCUGUGUCCUAUGUGUGGGUGCAUUGGACACUUUCGUUGCUGCAGUGUAUGAGCACGCUGUCAUAUUGCCAAACAGAACAGAGACACCAGUUUCCAAAGAAGAAGCUUUGCUCCUGAUGAACAAGAACAUAGAUGUUUUGGAGAACGCAGUUAAACUGGCAGCCAGGCAGGGUGCACAUAUCAUUGUUACCCCAGAAGAUGGAAUUUAUGGCUGGGUUUUCACAAGAGAGACCAUUUACCCCUAUCUGGAAGAUAUCCCAGACCCAGAGGUGAACUGGAUUCCAUGUACAGAUCCCCAGAGGUUUGGCUACACCCCAGUGCAACAAAGGCUCAGCUGCCUGGCCAAGGACAACUCCAUCUACGUUGUGGCAAAUAUUGGGGACAAGAAGCCAUGCAAUGCCAGUGACCCUCAGUGUCCCCCCGAUGGCCGUUACCAGUACAACACUGAUGUGGUGUUUGAUUCUGAGGGUAGGCUGGUGGCACGCUACCAUAAGUACAAUCUUUUUGCGCCUGAAAUUCAAUUUGAUUUCCCCAAGGAUUCAGAAUCUGUGACUUUUGAGACUCCUUUUGGGAAGUUUGGCAUUUUCACUUGCUUUGACAUUUUUUCUCACACCCCAGCUGUGGUGGUGGUGGAUGAGUUUCAAGUGGACAGCGUCCUCUACCCGGUGGCGUGGUACAACACGCUGCCCCUUCUGUCGGCUGUUCCCUUCCACUCUGCGUGGGCCAGAGCCAUGAGAGUCAACUUGCUUGCUGCGAAUACCCACAACACCAGCAUGCACAUGACAGGGAGUGGAAUCUACGCACCGGAAGCGGUCAAAGUGUAUCACUAUGACAUGGAAACAGAGAGUGGCCAGCUGAUGCUGUCCGAACUGAAGUCCCGGCCGCGAAGUGAACCCACCUAUCCUGUAGCUGUUGACUGGAGUGCUUAUGCCAGAAGUGUCAAGCCAUUCUUGUCUGAACAGUCAAAUUUUCCGGGGAUGAUUUAUUUUGAUGAGCUCACCUUCAUUGAGCUUAAGAGAAACACAGGAAAUUACACAGUUUGCCAGAAAGACCUGUGCUGUCACUUAACUUACAAGAUGUCGGAGAAACGAACAGAUGAGGUUUACGCACUAGGUGCUUUUGAUGGACUGCACACAGUAGAAGGUCAAUAUUACCUACAGAUAUGCACAUUACUGAAGUGUCAAAUCAGUGACCUGAGAACUUGUGGGGAGCCCGUGGGGUCAGCUUUCACCAAGUUGGAAGAAUUCUCCCUCAGCGGCACAUUUGCAACACGUUAUGUUUUCCCACAGAUCAUUCUCAGUGGAAGUCAGCUUGCUCCUGAAAGGCAUUAUGAGGUCUUGAGAGACGGACGUCUGAGGAGCCGAAGCAGAACCCCUCUGCCUGUCUUAGUUUUGGCCCUGUACGGAAGAGUGUUUGACAAAGACCCUCCGCGCUUGGGGCAAGGACCCCGGAGAUUAGAAUGAUCCCUUUCCACUGGCACACUUUCAGGAUUACCCUGGCAAAGAAAGGGAGAGGGGGAAAAAAAAAGCUUCAUGUCUGUUUAGAAGAGAUGUCACAAAUUGGCCGGAACAACAAACUUAAAACGUGAAAAGCAGUGGAUGGGUUUUAUAUGUUUUAUGUUUUCCGUAUUUGAUAUAUAGCACCAACUCAUUUAUGGGAGCUGCAUGGGGGAUCCGUGUAGGUGCAAUGUAAGUAUAUGUGAGUAUAUGUGUGUGUAGCAGAACAUGCAGUUAAAUGGAGGGGGACUUAGAAAACUCCUUUUGUGUUAACUACUCUGAUAUAUAUGAAUGUUUGUCUAUCAUUUGUAAAUACACAGGGGGCACCUUAAGUAUGCAGAGGGCUUUUGAUCCUCUUUGAUUACGAUAUAGGAAGUAAAAAAACAAGGGCAUCUCCUAAAGUAAUUAUGAGUAACUUUUCAAAAAAUUUUGAGCAACUUGUUAACUGAUUAAAAUUCUUCUAUUAUCUGUUUAUUAUACUCAAGUUCUAAUUGUAUGGAAAUCAGAUCCUUAGGAUGGAAACAAAAAAGAAAAAAUGAUCUCCCUCAGACCACACCCUGUCUCCUUCUGGAAAUAUUCUAUCCUAAAAUUUAUCCAAUCCUGAUUAAGCCCCCUGGAUCCUCAGAUUUGUUGCAGUCUGUGUUACACUGGGAGCUUCCUUAGAAAGGGCCACCCUGUCACCUUUCCCCCAGUUACCAUUGGUCUCUCAGCCCUGUUACCACUGAGCUCUUUUUUUUCCAGGUGGUCACUGAUUAACACUGGGAAGAGACACACAGGAGAGCAGGGAGCUUUCUGGUUCAUGCGGGAGUGGUUGGGGAUCACUCUGGGCUGGGGACAUCUUUUUCACACAGAAGAUGACAGUUGCUCUCCUAGGCUUCUCCCAGAUGCUUAUUUCCAUUCCAUUUAGUUCAACCCAGUUCCAGGAGGCUGGAGAUGUUCUGAGCAGCAGACGAUCCCCUUGAUCUCUGCUCCCGUCAUGUCCGGAUUUCCUCUCCAGGGGCUAUGCCAUUCAGAUCCCAAGAUUGUACCGGUGCCCCGGACUCUUCCAUGCGGGACACGGGCAUCUUCCGUCCUGAUGGUCUUGUGCUGGCUUUUUCUAGAAUUCUUCCCUCUCUUUCCUAGACAUUUGUCUGGUGACAGCAUUAGUACCUGGUGGCCCCAGUCUCUUCACCACCCUUCACCCCAUGCAUGUUACGUAAGCGACCUCUGCCCCCUUUCUCUAGCAUGAGGAGACCACAGAAUCACCAGAUUCUGUGAGUUUCUCCACUCCUACUCACGAUGACUCAACAAACAAGCUGUCUCUCUGGAAGUUGUUUUGAUCCUUAUCUUUUAAUACCACAUGUUUUUUAUUUCUUUGACCUCUUUAGUCUCUCUCCUAUCUCCCCCCCCCCACACUUUAUUUACCAUGACUUAUAAAUGAGGAGCUCUGAUAGACUCACUCCUCAGAGCAGUGACUUCCUCGUCUAAAUUCUUUCUUUGGAGAGUGAAAUCCUUCUUUUGGCUUCAGCUAGUAUUCCUGAGUCAGCAGAGUAUAAUCUACAGACCAGCUGGAAAUCUUUGAAAGCAGAGGAGGUUGUUCCUCCCCUAUGGUUGGCGUGGCCAGCUGGAUCAACUUCCGCUGGAUAUUUGCUCCGAAGAUUCUGCAGCUUUGAGGUCUUGGGAGAUCUGACGUACAGCCGGCAGAAGGACUUGCUCUGUUUAUCAGCAGUCAUUGGACUUCAGCAUGAUUACUCCCCAGUUGCUGGCUUAUGUGGCAAUUUCAGUUUCCUGUGUCUUAAAAGUCAGCUCCCUGGAUACCUUCAUUGCAGCUGUUUAUGAACACGCCGUGAUAUUGCCUAAUACCACCCUAAUACCAGUGUCCCGUGAAGAGGCAUUGGCGUUAAUGAACCGAAAUCUGGAUCUUUUGGAGGGAGCGAUCACUUCAGCAGCAAAACAGGUAAAGAAACAGAUGGUGGACAAUUCAAUCAUGAACAUGAACUUACUGUACCUGGGAGAACUUUGUAGAAGAUCAGUGCUUAAGAUUCACUAUCAACUCGAAGCUCAAGAUGAUUUUAUUAUUUUUCACCUCCUAUGGGUACAUUUAUUAGGGAAGCAAAUAUGAAUUGUGAAAUCACAGAGAUCAGUGUUGGAAGGUCUCAUAGAAACCACCAAAUUGUGAAUAUAUUUUCAUUGAGAGAAUGAAUCUGGAAGACAAUAGCGUAACUUGCUUAUGGUUUACAGGGGUAGUUGGUUAGUGGGAGAACCAGAAUCAAACUCUAGUCUCUGACUUCUUACCAGUGAACAAAAAAUUGUUUCCCCAUGUGGGCACUGUAAUCUGAAAACUGUGAGAAAAUGGCAAAAUAGAGUCACAUGUUAGUUUAAGAUUAAAAAUUUCCAUUUUACAUCAGUAAGAUAGCUAAAUGAGGUUAAUGUGAAUGAAAUCCUGAGAGCUUAAGGUAAUUAUUGGUGUCCUAGAACUGUGUGAGUGGUUUAAGUCUGGCGUAAACUAAAGAAAUAUAAUGUAUGA